UGCUUCCAUUCCACUUUCCUCAUUUCCACCUUUCUCUUUCUCUCUCUCUCUCUCCUCUUUUCCUUCCAUCACUUUCUAUCUAACCCAUCUCUUUAUCAAUUGAGUGAACUACAAAGCACACUCUCAUCUCUCCCAUUUUUCCUCCAAUCACCUCAAAAAUCUCAAAUCUUCUUAAAUUCUCCCCCUUUUUUUCCUCUCUUCUUCAUCACUUCAUUCUCAAUCAAAGAACCCAUCUUUUUUUUAGCUCAAAAUUCCUCAUUUAACCCUCAAAAUCCACAAAAAAGGAAGAAAAAAAAGAACCCAUCUUUUUUUAAGCUCAAAUUUCCCUCAUUUAACCCUCAAAAUCACAAAAAAGGAAGAAAUUAAGCUCAAAAUUCCCUCAUUUAACCCUCAAAAUCUAAAAAAAGGAAGAAAAAAAAGAACCCAUCUUUUUUUAAGCUCAUAUUUCCUUCAUUUAACCCUCAAAAAUUCACAAAAAAGAAAGAAAAAAAACCCAACUUUUUUUUUCCUUACAAAAAUGGAAAAAGAGCUAAAAUAUGGGUUGAUGGAAAUUUCAUCAGACCAAUUUUCAAAUUGUUAUUUUCACCCAAAUUGGGACAACUCAAUUGACCAAAAUGACCCUUUUGAGUCUGCUCUUAGUUCCAUUGUAUCAUCUCCAACAACAACUACAACAACAGCAAUUGCAUCCAACGGUGGAGGAGAUGGUAUGAUGAUCAGAGAAUUGAUCGGACGGCUAGGAAGUAUCUGUGAUUCAGAUGAAGUUUCACCUCAAUCUUGCAUUAAUAGUACUAAUAAUUCUUGUUAUAAUACACCCUUAAAUUCUCCACCUUCAAAAUUCAAUCUUUCUUCUUUAAUGAUGUUGGGAAAUAAUUCUGGGAAUUACCCAAUUCAACAAAAUUUGGGAUCUUUCAAUGCUGACCCUGGAUUUGUUGAAAGAGCUGCAAAGUUCUCAUCUUUUGGUAAUAAUAAUACUAAUAAUAAUAAUGGGAGUAAUUUUUCUGAAUUUGGGGGUGUUAAUUGUAGUAUUAAUACUACUACUAAUAAUAAUAAUAUUAGAUCAAUUUCAAAUUUGGAAUCUGGGAAAUUAUCUAGGGUUAAUUCUGAUAAGAAAUUGGGUGAAAUUGGUGAAUUGGGUGAUUCAAGAGAAGGUUCUUCAGUUUCUGAGCAAAACCCAGGUGUUGAAAUUGGUGUUAAACCUCAAAAUGAUGCAAAUUCAAGGAAAAGGAAGUCAGUUUCUAAGCCCAAAGUCAAGGAAACUCCCUCUUCUUUCCUACCUAAAGAUGAGAAGGUUGAGGUAGAAAAUGAGGAAUUAAAUGCCAAAAGAAGCAAGCUAGAUGAAAAAGAAGCUAGUAAAAAAGAAAAUGCAGGGGAGUCUAAUAAUAACAAAGAGAAACAGAGCAAUAGCAACAAUAAUACUACUAAGGAAGCUUCAAAAGCAGAGCCACCAAAGGACUACAUUCAUGUCAGAGCUAGAAGAGGCCAAGCUACUGAUAGUCAUAGUCUUGCUGAAAGAGUCAGAAGAGAGAAAAUAAGUGAGAGGAUGAAGUUUCUUCAAGAUCUUGUUCCUGGUUGCAACAAGGUUACAGGAAAAGCAACUGUACUUGAUGAAAUCAUAAACUAUGUGCAAUCAUUGCAACGCCAAGUUGAGUUCCUUUCCAUGAAACUAGCUACUGUGAAUCCUAGAAUGGAGUUUAACAUGGAAGCUCUUCUCUCCAAGGAAAUGUUUCAGUCUAGAGGGUCAUCAUUACCACAAACAAUGUACCCAAUAGAUCAAAAUUCAGCACAAGCAUUGCCCUACGGUUACCAAUCUAGUCAGCAAAUGUCGCUAACUUUGCCAAAUGGUGUACCAAAUGGGAUCGAGAAUCCCUUCUCAGCAAACUCUUUGAAUGGCGCUGGAAUGCGGAGAAACCCGAGCAUCCCAUUGCCUUCGAUCGAUGGAUUUGUCGACUCCAUGACUCAGCUACCAACUCUUUGGGAAGAUGAUCUCCAAAGUAUUGUCCAAAUGGGAAUCACGCAAAAUCAACCACUAAAUGUACCUGGAGGUACACUCCCAAAUGGCCAAAUGAAAGUUGAGCUAUGACCCUCUAUAAAUUUCAGCUAGAAUUUGUUAUAAUUCUACCAUUUUGGCCUUCCAUUUCAACAAGGCCAAACAUGUACAUAUCGAAAAUUGUUCAUUUGGACAGACGAUUCACGAUUCUACGAUGAAGAUUGAGAUCCAUCCUCGAUGACUCAUAUUUUUCUCCAUAUUCCGGAGAUUGCUUCUAAGCCCGAUCGAUUCAAUUUUUUUUUCUUUUCGAGAAUUAUUAGAUGAAAAAUCUCGAAAAUUUGUAUAAUUUAGAAACUAAUUGCUAUCCUUGAGAUGGGAAAUUCUGUAUUAUCACUUGUAAGAGAUGUAGCAGUAGGGAAAAAGGUAGUGGAUAUUGGAGAACAAGAAGGUUGCAACCUUUUUGACACUAAAAGCAUUUAUUCCCAACAUUAUCUUGUAAUAUGAACUUAUACAUUGCUUAUCCUAUAUUUUUGUGGCUGUAAUCCUCAUUAAUGAAGAUAUUGCCAUUUUCAUGUA